UCGAUUGGCUUGGUCCAGCACCUUAUCCUAUCCAAUGACGAAUGAAACCUCACGAUAUCUAAGCAAUCGACACCUUAUCCUAUCCAAUGACGAAUGAAACCUCACGAUAUUCAUAUUCUACCCAAUCUACAAUCAAUCAUCUUAACGGUCUCAUCAGUCUCAACAGCAGCCUAUAGUCAAAUACUCAAAUGGCGCAACUUUCAGAGAAGGAUGUCAACACCAUGAGGAGGAGGGUGGCCUCCGUCGCAAACCAUCUCAUUCCGGUCACUUCAGGCUCCGAUUACGGUUUGUCCCUGCUACCUAAUCCCUCGACAAGCGACAGCUAUCACAGAAUCCACGGCGAGGUUCCCACCCAUGAAGUUGUUUGGAGGAGUGCGAUUGACGAACACGGCAAGGAGUUCUCCGAUAUUUUAUACCAAAAAGCCGUCGGUGAAGGGAUUGCGAAAAUUACGAUUAAUAGGCCAGAGAGACGAAAUGCAUUCCGUCCAAAGACAAUUAAGGAGAUUAUGUGCGCACUCGAGGAUGCCAGAGAUGAUAGUACAAUUGGGGUCGUUAUCCUUACUGGGAAGGGAGCCGAGGCAUUUUGCAGUGGAGGUGACCAGAAGUUAAGGACUGCUGAUGGUUAUGCAGAUUCUGAAAAUUCUGCCCGUCUUAAUGUUUUAGACUUGCAGGUACAGAUUCGGCGUCUUCCCAAACCUGUUAUAGCAAUGGUUGCAGGUUAUGCAGUCGGAGGAGGGCAUGUGUUGCACAUGGUUUGUGAUCUAACCAUCGCAGCCGAUAAUGCUAUUUUCGGCCAAACUGGUCCCAAGGUUGGAAGCUUUGAUGCUGGCUAUGGAAGUUCAAUCAUGUCUCGUCUGGUUGGACCUAAAAAAGCUCGUGAAAUGUGGUUUCUCGCAAGGUUUUAUACUGCUUUUGAAGCUGAAAAAAUGGGACUUGUUAACACCGUUGUCCCGCUGGAGAAUUUAGAACGAGAAACUAUUAAAUGGUGUCGGGAGAUUCUAAGAAAUAGUCCAACUGCAGUUCGGGUGCUGAAAUCUGCUCUCAAUGCAGUUGAUGAUGGCCAUGCUGGACUCCAGGAACUUGCUGGAAAUGCCACGCUCAUAUUCUAUGGAACCGAGGAAGGUAAUGAGGGGAAGACCGCGUACAUGCAGCACAGACGCCCGGAUUUUUCAAGAUUCCCCCAUCGGCCUUAAUGAUGUCUCUAUUCUUGUUCAUUUCUUAAUCAACAAUGGCAAUUAUUUGACCAAUUGUGCGGUAUAGUGUUGAGCACUUGGUUGGAAGAAAAUAAAUUGCUCUUUUAGCUCUA